UUUUUAAUUAGAAAAAAUCAUUUUGAAAAAAAUACUUCAUUGAUCAUUUUUAUAACUUAAUUUAAAUUUAACUUAUCCACCAAUUAAUCAUCAUUACUCUUUUAAGUUUGGCAAGUGCCUGCAAGGAACCACCAGCAAAGCAAUGGCGGCGGCAAUGGCGAAGAUGCUGCGAGUGAUAAUGUGCAUCGUUUUUCAGCCAUUCCAUUCCACCUCUACAUUUCCCAACUUCGUCUCAAACAGAACCGAAAUGAGUAUUCGUCGUCCCCAAACACUUCUCAUUCCUUCCUCAAAGAUAAUAGCUCUCGAGCCAGAGUGUGUCUGAUUUGAGUCUCAUGCCGUGCACCUCCAAGCAUCUGAGGCCAAGCCUCUCCGCGAAACCAUGUAAGAUCUUCUUCUUCUUCUUCCCCUUCCCUCUCAUUCGUCGCCUCUUUUCAUCCCUUCCCAGUCCAUCGGAAUCGCAAGACAACCAAAGUCCGAUUCAACAUCUGGAUCUUCACCCCGUCCGGAGAGAUCCCCCAAUUUCCGAUGAACUGUUCAUUCUCGCCCCCAGAUCGGGCUCUCACAAGCAGGGCGACUCCACCUUUUAUUCUCUCAUCAAGAAUUACGCCAACUCCGGGGACUUCAAGUCUCUGGAAGAGGUUUUCGAUAGGAUGAGGCGCGAGAAGAGAGUCUUCCUGGAGAAGAGUUUCAUCCUAGUGUUUAGGGCUUAUGGGAAAGCGCGCCUGCCCGAUAAAGCCAUUGAUCUUUAUGAAAGAAUGGUGGUUGAGUUUCAGUGUAGACCGACCGUUAGGUCAUUUAAUUCGGUUCUUAAUGUGAUUAUACAGUCCGGUGAAUUUAAUCUCGCGUUGCAGUUUUAUUCUGACAUUGUUGUAGAUAGGAGGGUUUCAGUGCCAAAUGUGUUGACAUUUAACUUGAUUGUUAAAGCAAUGUGUAAGCUGGGUAUGGUGGACAAAGCAGUGGAUGUGUUCAGGGAAAUGCCUGAGUGGGAAUGUAAUCCGGAUGUUUAUACGUAUUGCACUUUGAUGGACGGGUUAUGUAAGGCAGAUAGGAUUGAGGAAGCUGUUUCUCUGUUGGAUGAAAUGCAAACAGAGGGAUGUUUCCCCACUCCGCCGACUUUCAAUGUUUUGAUCAAUGGGCUCUGUAAGAAGGGUGAUUUAGUCCGAGCCGCGAAGCUUGUGGAUAAUAUGUUCCUCAAAGGGGGUGUUCCUAAUGAAGUGACGUACAACACGCUCAUACACGGGUUGUGUCUUAAAGGGAAGCUGGAGAAGGCGAUUAGCUUGUUGCAUAGGAUGGUUUCUAGCAAGCACGUCCCUAACGAUAUAACAUAUGGGACUAUCAUUGAUGGUCUUGUCAAGAAAGGAAGAGUCGCCGACGGUGCACAAAUCUUGAAAGCAGUGGAGGAAAGGGGAUAUGAAGCAAACGAAUAUGUUUACUCUUCGCUAAUCAGCGGGUUUUUCAAGGAGAGAAAACCCGAAGAGGCAAUGAAAAUAUGGAAGGAAAUGGUUGAGAAGGGAAGAAGAAAACCUAACACAGUUGUUUAUUCUGCUCUUAUAGAUGGCUUGUGCGAGGAAGGUAGGCCCGAUGAGGCAAAGGAGAUACUGUUUGUGCCUGACACACUCCAACCAUUUCACUCUCUACGAAACUUGGUAUGGAAGCAAAUGAUGAGCACCGGGUGGAAACCUGAUGUCGUGUCAUACACUUCAAUGAUAUCUGGUCUCUGCAAUUCCGGGUCAGUCGAAGGAGGACUAAAACUUUUCCAUGAGAUGUCAUGCGGAGAAUCUGGAAGUCGACCUGAUGUGAUAACAUACAACAUACUUUUUAGUGCUUUGUGCAAGCAAGAUAGAAUUUCACAUGCCAUUGAUCUUUUAAAUACUAUGUUGGAUCAAGGGUGUGACCCUGAUUCAGUUACAUGUAACAUUUUCUUGAAAAGUUUGAACGGGAAGUUGAAUCCACUUGAGAGUGCGAGAGUUUUUUUGGACGAGCUAGUGGUGCGGUUACACAAGAGACAAAGAGUUGUUGGGGCAUCGAAUGUUAUAGAAGUUAUGCUUCAAAAGGCUUUGUACCCUAACCUGUCAACUUUGGAUAAAGUUGUUAGAGAACUAUUGAAACGAAAGAAGGUUCGAGUAGCCAUAGACAAGUGCUGGAAUGACCUCUUCCUUUGACUACUCUAUAGGUGAGACGACUUCCUUCUUUGGCAGCAUUCUUUACAUAAAAAACUUUUUACUCUCCCCCUUGAAUUAAUACAAGUUUUUUUAAAUGAAACGAAAUUGCCUCCUCUGGUUUUUUUUCCUAAAAAAAUCAGCACGGUCUACAUUUAACAUGAAAUGCGGAUGUUCUUCCAGCUCUAUUUGGCNUUUUUGGACGAGCUAGUGGUGCGGUUACACAAGAGACAAAGAGUUGUUGGGGCAUCGAAUGUUAUAGAAGUUAUGCUUCAAAAGGCUUUGUACCCUAACCUGUCAACUUUGGAUAAAGUUGUUAGAGAACUAUUGAAACGAAAGAAGGUUCGAGUAGCCAUAGACAAGUGCUGGAAUGACCUCUUCCUUUGACUACUCUAUAGAUCUCUCUGUAAAAAGAUUGUCUGGGGACUUGAGCCGAUACUUUUCAUUGGAAAUGAAUAUUCAAAGUUUAAGGAAAUCUGAAAUGAUGGACCUCAUGGAGAUAAAUGGCUAGCGGUCUUGAUUUAUGAACUGGAGAUAUGAAAGGUAAGAGGGAGAGGGAAGACACAUAUUGCUUUACACUAUGCUUGGUUUACACUAUGUUUGGUUCAAGGAAUUUGAAAGGGAAAAGAAAAGAAAAUGAAGUGGAAAACCGUUUUUCUUGUUUGGUUAGAGGGGAAAAGAAAGGAAAAGUGGAAGGAAAAGAAAAUGAGAAGGCAAAAUGUACCAAGUGGAGGGAAAACCAAAUUCCUUCCAUUUUGGGUAAGAUGCAUCCAACGUCCACUCAUCUUCACAAAAAAACCACGUGCACUUAAAGGCAAUGAAUCUGCGAUAGGACAGAAAUUCUGUGUUACAGCACCGAAGAGAUGUUGAGUCAAGUUGGAGAUUGGGCCUGGCCAACAAAAACCCGAGGUGCUCAAAGCCGACCAAGACCGUGUCCCGGGCAGUAAUGGGCCAUGUAGAGGGCCAGAUUGGCUUGCUGUGAUUUGGGCUGGGCUUGUAAACCCAAAAGAUUUAUCCUAUGAAACAGAUAGAAAUAGAAAUGAGGAAAGGGGAUUCCCUUGUCCAAGAUUGAAGUCAAGAGCAAGUAUGCCAACUUAUGACUUACCCAAGGUAGUGCUUCUUAUCUUGUCCUAGCUCUUCUAAACCAGGUUUUUUUUCUAACACAAGAGGCUAAGAUGCAGGUUU